AUGUACAGCAUAUCGGUAGGAACAUUUUCUAGAAGUAGACCUGUUUUUUUUUUUUUUAAUGAUCGUCGUAAUGUGAGCAAUUCAUAUCCGAUUAGACUCAUGGCACCUUUGCUUGGCGAGGAAUAUCAGAAGCCUUACGUUCGUCGUUUCGCUGCUGAAGCAUUUGCAUUCCUCCUACGCCAUGCACAUGCUGAAAAUCUUGCGCAAAUAGUUAAUUAUAUAGUCGAUUCAUUUAAUGAAUCGCCAACGGAUGUUUAUUGCGAGGGAUUGAGCAUUUUAUGUUAUGAAGCUAUUCAGUCGCCGGGCAAUGAGCUUCAUCUUAAUGCACCAAUACUAUUAAAGGAAUUGUUGAACGCAUCAUAUAGACAUUCAAAAAAUGAUAUCAAAAACAAUCCUGGUUAUCGCAUUCUUAUCAUGACGACU